UAAUGUAUUCCAGACACCUGUAAAGAACACUAUUUAAGGUAUAAAAUUUUAAACAUUUAACAAAAAUUGAUUCAAUUAAUCCAUAUAUAAACGCGCACUAAUUUUGGCGCUUAUACUUUAAUUUAGUGGCAAAAUUAUUUAUUUUAGAUUUAGAAGGCCCCUGCGAUUCUCAAGCAAAUACUAAUAGAAAAUUAUAUGUUUAGAGUGAGCCAUUUGAAAUUAGCAAAAUCUAAUUUGAUUCUCCAAAAACAUUGAAGAAAUGGAGUCUGAAAUACAUAAGUAAAAGAGUUGAAAAUGAACUUCAAAAUUAAACAGUUGGUUAUUCAGAAAUAUGCUAAAAGCUAACAGAAGAGAUGUCAAAAGAAAUGGAUGGUCAAUUAGAUAAUGGAUUAAAAGACAUAAAAAAUUUAAGAAGGAGAGUAUAUGAUGCUUUAAAUGUUAUGAUUUCAGUUGGAAUAGUAGUUAAGGAUAAAAAAUUGAUGAGAAAGAAUACACAAAGCUCAGUCAAUAUAACAAAAUAGAAUUUAAUAAUUCGAAAGGUAUAUAUAAAUAUUUAAUUUAACAGUAAAAAUUAAAAGAAUUAUUAUUAUAAAAGAAAGAAUAGUUAACAAAUUCAAUAAAAAAGCAGGAAGCACUUCAAAAUUUGAUAAAAUUUAACAAAGAAAGGGAAAUUAAUGAAUAAGAGAAAAUCAAAUUUCCAUUUCUACUAGUUAAGACUGAAUUAAAAAAUUCAGAUGAUGUAAAUGAUUAAAUAAUCUUAGGAUGAAUUAAUUUUAGAAUCUCAUAAAUCUAUGGAUUACUUGAAAGUUUUGAGUAAGAAUAAAUUGUAGAUUUUUGGAAUCCUUGGUAUCGCUUAAUAAUUAUUUCAAUAAACUAAAAAUUGA